ACGGCACAUCUGCUGCGCUGGUGGCUCGACAGCUGCAGCUCCGCGCGGGUUCGCCGAAGCCGUCUAGAGGGCGCGUGGCGUGGCCAGUCCGUGCACUUCCGUGCUGAGGCCGUCGGCAUCGACGAUCCACCGGCAUUUGGCGGGAAGGGCGGCCGUCCCCACUGCGCCAGAUGCACACUCACUCGUCCAGCGCGUCGGCCGUCAGCUACAUUCCUCCUGCCUUCCGAGAGGCUGAUGUCCUUUGGCAGUAGAAGCAUCGUGCCGGGCCUACAUCGUACCAAAUCAUAGACUAAAUAAAUAAUGUUUUCACAGUAAUGCCAGUAAUAUAUAUAUAUAUAUAUAUAUAUAUAUAUAUAUUUCUAAAAUAUAUGUCUACUAUAAGCCAAUCCACUGCAAGCACCCCGUCCCCUCCCCCUCAGCCAGCACAAUUUCAUCGCUGUAAAUGUACAUGGGGGUCAAGUGUGAGACGCCAGAAACUUCCCCGUGCAAUGUUUCGACUGUCGCUGGUGAAAACUGAUGUUGACCCAGGCUGUGAAGAUGGCCGUGGACUGGCUGCUGUGAAGCGACAGCCAUGCGGCUGUGCUGCUGCGACUGCUGCGACUGCUGCGACAGCAACUCAUCUGUCGUCGACAGCACUGAGCUGCUGCACUGCCCAGGCAUUGGGGAAGGCUCUCAGUACUACACAGUCCGCAGGAUAUCCAGUUUUGGGCGGGCAGCAUCCCAAGAGGACCUAGAAGGCUCGUGCCAGGACCUGUGUGAAGUCAGCAAGGACGUGGCAGACACGCCUGAUGACAUCUCUGUCUUCACGCCACUGGCUGAUAAGUACAGCGGAGGAGGGGCAGACCCGCGAACAGGGGUCGCGGAGCCCGAUAGCUGUGCUCUGCCCCCCCUCUCUGCUGCCAAGAAGCAGCCCCAGUGGCGCAAGGCUCUGCACGGCCUCAAGCCGAGGCCUGGCCGGCUGCGCAGCAAGUCUCCCGCACCCGUGCCCCCCAUCAUCAUCUCGUCGCCCAGCAACGUGGAUGACACCUCCUUGGCCCUGCCCCAGUCCAAGCUGCGACAUGUCCUCACCAUGUCAGACGUCAGCUCCGUCGGGCUGACGGACCACCCGCAGGUCUUCAGGUUCAAGUCUCGGUCCAUGCAGGACAUCAACUCGUCGGGUGACUUGCACCGCGACGGGAAGUUCUCGGAGGAGGCUCGGAGGCUGGCUAGAUCCGUGGGGCUCAACGUGUCCCUGUACCCCAGCGAGCCUCCCCCCCACCACCGGUCCGCCGAGACGCUGGGGCCCUCGGAGACUCCGCGCGGCGACGACAGCAGGCAGGAGUGCGGCUGUGGCCGCGUGCACUUCUUCGUCACCCACUACCCCAAGGACAAGAAACUCUUGGUGAACGUGACUCAGCUGGAGGGCCUUCCACCGAGAAAUGACUACCAAGACUACACGGUUGCCCUCAAGGUGCAGAUCCUGCCCGCGGAGAAGCCCGCCAAGACUGCCCGGUUGGGGGGGCAGGAGAUAGACGAGGACUUCUACUUCAGCCUGAAGGACGCCCGGGGCAAGGCAGUGCGCCUGUCGGUGUUUGAUGCCGACCGGAUGGGCAAGCACGACGCCAUUGGGCACGCGUUGGUUCGCCUGGAUGCCGACGCCAUCCGUGCGACUCAGUUGUACACAGUGGAUUUGCAAAAGCAAUCUGAGCUAGACGUGAUGCCAGGCUCUAUACAACUCACAAUUGGUUAUGACUCCGAGGCUCAGCGCCUCUCUGUGCUGGUCGCUGCUGCGUCAAACCUCUCCACCAGUCACCUGUCCAAGGCCAGCAAACAGCCAGACAAGCUGAACACUUACGUGAAGCUGGUGCACUACAGGGACGGCGAGAAAGCGAAGAGCAAGCGGUCGGGCGUGGUUCCCCACGACCAGAACCCCCAGUACAACCAGCAGUUCCUGCUCAAGAUGCCAGGCCUGGACGUGGCCGAGAGCUACCUGGUGGUCAGCGUGGUGCUCAAGGGACUGCUGAGGGACGAGACUAUCGGCAGGAUCGUGUUCGGACCCCACUGCUACACGGCAGGGCGCGCUUACACCCCGUGGGGACAGGUCAUGAUGGGCGACAGAACCGUGUCUGACUGGUACAAACUUUAUUUGUAACGAUAAUAUACACAUCAUUACGGUAAAUAUAUCACAACAUGCAGCCUAUUAAUUUGUUACAAUGCUCACCACUGUAAGUAUUUAUAGUUAUCAAAUUAUAAUAAAUGCAUUUAUACAUCUGCAAAAUUACCGUGUUAAUACAGCUCAUUAAUUAAAAACUAAUAAGUUUUAACUACUUUUAACUUGCAAUGGAACUGAAAAAUCAAAUUUACAAGCUUGCCAUCAUGACUUUAUUCUAAUGGACACUUAUUUACACAUUGAGAUACUUGUGAAUAAUUCAUAAAAAUCUAAAUUUGAGGAUACAAUGUACAAAGGUUUUUCAGUAUAGUAGAAACUUGAAAGUUCUGGUUUGUCCAGUUGGGUUUGAAUGUUUUAUUUAGUGCUGAGAAGUACCAUGUUUUGUUGCACAUUUUAUAUUAAAAUCAAACUUGAAAAGUUAAAGAUGCAACUUUUAUGUGAAAAAAAUAUAUAUAUAAUUUUU